UUGAUUGUCGGCGUUGGCAAAUAUAGUGGUGCGCAUUGUCCCAAAGACCAAUUGUAGCUCUACCUUCAAAAUGCCCGAGUGAGUGACCCAGUGAUGAGUGAACGUGUGUACCAGUAAGUCAAACAAGCAGUAGAGGACAUGGAAAUGAUACGCUCUUAAUACCCGAGUCUGAUCUCACCUAGCGACAAAGUUCAUCAUUUUGGUUGCCUUUUAUUUGCUUCAGAGAACCUACCACGUAUUUUUGGCCCCAUCACCCCAACUGCUCAGCCUCUCAGUUCCGAUGAACUUCCGUCUCACUGCGCUUACAUCAUCACAUCAAAGACAUGGCUCUAACAGCGAGCUCACAGGAGUCCAGUUAUAUCUGGCGAAGCAGCUCCGACACUUGGGGAAGCUGUGCAUGGGAUACGAACCGCCGAUACUCCAUGGAUGACGAAGAGGAGGUGCUGUACGAUCUUGACGAAGCCGCUCUAGCACAGCUUCCCCAACAUCUCCAGAACAACAUGCGCCAACUACAACUAGAACGAUUGCGCAAAUACCACAGCCAGGAACCUAGCCCCCGGCCUGUCCAUCACAGCCCCUACGCAGAAACCUGGUUCAAGAACAUGAUGGCACGACUUUCGGCAGACCAGGAAAUGAGCGAAGUCCAUGGCCUGCGGGAAUCCAGGCAUGAAUAUCAAGACGAUGUUACUUGGAGUUUGAUCCAACGGCAAUGGAGUGCAAACAGACAGCACGACCUGACGACGAGAGAUCUGGAGUCCUGGCACUUGAGCGACGAUCUGUUUUCAAAUCAUGCGACAAUCGCAGAAAAUGAUACCGCCUAUUCAAAUUCCAGCACACGUAUAUGUAGCCUGCACGGAUUGGGAGUCAAUGGGAUUGGGGUCCAUCUAUCAGAGACUGAUACACGUGAGAGCAGAGACCGGCAGCAGGUGGCCGAAAAGGUCUCAUCGCAGGUUCGCAAACGAAGUUUGUCUCUGAUCACCCAUAUGCGAGCUCAUAUGCGCUGUCGCGUGCGCAAAAGUAUUCAGAAGCUGAGCAAGCUUUUGAAGAAAUGAAUCAAUCGUGAUUACUAAAAGGCUGGGUUGACGCUAUGAACAUGAGUGCGUGGGGGACAUGUCCUGGGUCUGUUUCAUUGGAGUUUGGCAGGAUCGGAAAAAAGGGAACUGUUUGACAAGUGUUUGACGAACAUAUGGGAUAUCUGUAUAAGACUAAAAUGUACAUACUACCGAGAUACGUUGUGGGAAUGAGAAAAGAACG